UUGGAGGGGGCUGGGCUGUCGGUGUGAGCGGAGCGCUUCGCUGCCCAUCUAGCAAUGCAACGCACACAUACAUGCACACAUAUUAGCAUCAGCGAGAGACCUCCGGGCACGAUAGAGCAUGGCUUCUCUUCUCUUCCUCUGCCUGCUGCCUGCAGUUGCUGCUGUGGAAGAGACUUUGUUGGAUACUCGGGUGGCCACAGCUGAACUGGGAUGGACGGCAUAUCCUUCAUCUGGGUGGGAAGAGGUAAGCGGCUAUGAUGAGAAUCUCAACACCAUUCGUACUUACCAGGUGUGCAAUGUCUUUGAGUCCAACCAGAACAAUUGGCUGUGGACAACCUUCGUUAACCGGCGUGGGGCUCAACGCAUUUAUGUGGAGAUGAGGUUUACAGUACGAGACUGCAGCAGCAUCCCAAAUGUCCCAGGCUCUUGUAAAGAAACAUUCAAUCUGUAUUACUAUGAGACUGACUCUGGACUAACCAUCAAAGGUGCUGCACUGUGGACAGAGAUGCCUUAUCUUAAGGUAGAUACCAUCGCCGCAGAUGAGAGCUUCUCCCAAGUGGACUUUGGCGGCAGGCUCAUGAAAGUGAACACCGAGGUCCGUAGCUUUGGGCCGCUAAGCAAGAAUGGAUUUUACUUGGCCUUCCAGGAUUAUGGAGCUUGCAUGUCUCUGCUCUCUGUCCGUGUCUUUUUCAAAAAGUGCCCAAGUAUCAUUCAGAAUUAUGCCACCUUUGCAGAGACCAUGACGGGCACUGAGAGCACUUCGUUGGUCAUAGCCAAGGGGACCUGUGUGCAGAAUGCUGAGGAGGUCGAUGUGCCUAUCAAACUGUACUGUAAUGGUGAUGGAGAAUGGAUGGUGCCCAUUGGCAGCUGCACCUGCAAGGCAGGGUAUGAGCCUGAAAAGACCACAUCGUGCAGAGCAUGCCAUUCUGGGACCUUCAAGGCAAACCAGGGCAAUGAGAUGUGUAUCCCUUGUCCUACUAAUAGCCGGACUUUGCAUGAGGCAUCCAGCGUGUGCAACUGCCGUAACGGAUAUUAUCGAGCAGACUUUGACUUGCCUGAGAUGCCAUGUACAAGUGUUCCCUCAGGCCCACGGAAUGUGAUCUCCAGUGUAAAUGAGACCUCCAUCACUCUGGAAUGGCACCCACCACGUGACGUUGGUGGGCGAGACGACGUCAUGUACAACAUCAUCUGCAAGAAGUGCCACAGCAACCGCAAGUUAUGCACACGAUGUGAUGAGAACGUCGAGUUUGUGCCCAGGCAGUAUGGUCUGACUGAAACCAGAGUCUUCAUCAGUAGCCUCUGGGCACACACGCCAUAUACCUUUGAGAUUCAGGCUGUCAACGGAGUUUCGGGCAAGAGUACGUUUUUGCCGCAACACGUGUCAGUCAAUGUAACCACCAAUCAGGCUGGUACUGUUUAUUUCAAAAUACAUUCUGCAAAUCUGAGGGAUAAGUGUGACUUCCCACCUAUCCACAAGCUGAAUAAACUUCAUCUAAUCCCAAAGCCCAAUUACUAACUCAAUGCCUAACUCAGGUAUGCUCCCAAUAAAUAUGUAGAACUGUGUGUGUAGUUGUAAUAGGGUGGAAUUUUUGUCAACUGAUUUUACUGAGAAAAGAGAGGUUGCUUCCUUAAUGAGUAGGAUUCCUUAUUUCUGACUUCACUUGAUGCAGUAUCCUCUGUAAAUGAGCAAGUGCCUGUUCACGCCACUGAUUGAGCACUGGGAGUCAAGUACAGAGGUGAGACGAUUGAAAUUGGAUUCUGAGAUCGCAGCACAGCUGCUUGCUGUUAUAUGGUGAUGGCAGUCAAACUGAAAGUGUUAGUGAAGUAAGGGAUGUUUCCAGCAACACUGCUUUCUCAAGUUAACAAGGUGGAAGAAUUCAACAUUUGGGAAUAUCACUCACUGUUAAUUUGCAUCAAGUGUUCAUCAGUUUGAUAUCACAGCCUUUGUGGGGACAGUGAAGCCUCUUUUAACACCAAUCUUCUGCCAUGUGUCAUGAUGGGCAGUGAGGAACCCUGGUGAUAUCAGAUAAUUAUCAGCAGUCAAGUAACUGACCAUUGCAUCUUUGGGAUGUGAAUAAAAACCAUAUCAUUCAGACAAAACCCUCUGGAAAGCUUCACCAACUUGACACAGACAGCUCUUGGGGGUGGAAUUGAACCCUAGACUUGCAAUUCAGUAGCACUAACUGUUGGACCUGGCCACAGUCAGCAGUCAAAAUCACUCUGGGGUCCAGGUAGCAGCAAGAUGCCCAGAAUCUUUUCAUGUGACAUGAACACUACCUCACUACUUUUUACUUCUGUUAUUUUGCACUACAUAUUUUAACAUAUCUAUUUAAUAAACAUGUAUAUAAUUAUUGGAACUCAUUUUUCUCUAAAUUUAUUUAUCAUUAUUUCAUUGUACUGCUGCUAUGAAGUUAACAAAUUUCAUGCCAUAUGGGGAAUAUUAAAUCUGAUUCUGAUUCUGACCUGAUUAUGGCUGACAUUAAAACUUACAGGAGAUUAAGCAAAUCUAUCCACAAUACCAGCUAAACUCAGCAGGGAGUAGCUGACUCUGAUUUUAUAUAGCGGACAAACUAUUAAAAUUAGAUACUGGGUUACUCAACCCAGUGAAAUUCACAAGUAUAGCUGUUUGUAAAACAGUAUCAAAGUUGAAAGCACAUUUAUUAUCAAAAUAUAUAUACUACAUACAACCUUGAGAUUUGCCUCCUUACAAGCGACUACAAAACAAAAAAACCCAAUAGAACCCAUUUAAAAGAAGACCAUCAAUUACCCAAUGAGCCAAAAAAAACACAAAUCAUGAAAACAAUAAAAGUAAGUAAAUAGAUUCAGAACUAAAGUUCACAAAAGUGAGUGCACAGCCAUGAAGCUAGUCAUCACUGCAGCCGAUUCAGAAGCCAAUUAGUUGUAGGCUGCAGCCUUAAUUCAGCGCAAAGACAAGUAAACUUCAUGGAGCAGCAAGUUGAACACUGGGCCAUUCCUCACAUUCCUCUCCACCAGCUCCACAACACUGACCUUUUCAAUCUGCCUGGUGCUUAAAUCAGCUAAACCUCAGGUCGUUCCUCACUUUUGCACCUAGGCCCCCCCUGCUGCUUCGAUAUGCUCUGGGGUCCAGGACCCACUGCCUCUAUUUGGCCUGUACCUGAACCUUUCAAUCUGGCCUGGUGCUUAAAUUAGUCAAACCUUGGGCCAUUCCUUGUUCUUGGGCCUGGGUCUGGGCCCUGCCGACCUGAAUCUGCCUUACUUCGGUAGUGCCACUUCAAAUUACCUCCAAGUCAGCUCUAGCUAAGGCUAAACACUGGUUCAUUCUCCACUCUCGGGCCUGGGCCCGACAGCCUCGAUUUGGCCCAUACCCACCACCAUCCUGCACUUCUGAGACUUCUGUUCACAUCACAAAUUUGCCAAAUUGUGCAGGCGGUUCAAAAGCUCAACUCCGAAAGGGAAGUUACAGGCUAUUUAUUGUAUCCAAGAAAAAGUGUGAUUAAUAAAGUAAUUUAUAGUUUUUUUUGCCAGCAAGUUGACACCGUGCUUCACCAACACUAUCUUAAAUCAUAUGCUUCGAAAUGUCACAGUUCUCCUUUAUAUUGAGAUGUUUUCAGUAGUGGACUAUCUCAAUCAAUGGAUCAAGGUUUCAAGAUGAAGGGCGAGUCAUUUAAAAUGUAGAAACUUCCUUCAGAGAGCAGUGAAAUCUCUGUAAUUCUCUACUGCAGAGGGUUAUGGAGGCAGGACAAAGUGAAGGGAAUGGAUGUUGGGCAUGGCACAGAAGAGGCGUUGAGGGCAGCAUAGAUCAUAUUAAAUAAUGGGGCAGCCUUGAGAGGCCAGGUGGCCUAUUCCUGCUCCUAUUCUCUUGUGUUCAAGUAUAGAAAGGGCAGCCUUAUGCUGCCUUUUUGGUUUGGAAAUAGCUAACAGUUGAGUGUUUGGCCCACUGACUGUGAGGUAUGCUCAAUUGUUGCAGCAGCAGACUGCAACAGGAUGUCAUCUUUAGUUGUGAAUUGUGUCCCAGUCUCUGCAGUUCCAUUAGCUUCGCAGAAAGUGUUGAAGGAUACUAUUAUCCAAAUAUUCCCAGAGGAGUAGGGAGUAUUUGCCAUUUCCCAGCCUGUAUUCAGAAGAGUUUUUCAGUAAACAGCAUGUAAAGUGUUGCAAACCUGCCUCUCACUUUGGUGAUCUAAUGCUUCCCUUAUGGCUUACGUUAAUAAGAAAUUUAAUAAAGUGUUGAAAGAGAGUGUACUUCCAUGCAUAUUUAUAAAUCAAAUGGUGAUAUCAGCUGGAGUUUUCUCUAAAUCUUUUGUUUUAUUUAGAAAGUAGAUCCCACAGCAGAGGAAGUUCCUUCCACAUCUCCUUGGAGCAGUGAAUUUAGACUCGGUUGAACUUAGCUACCUCCUUGCUUCUCAAUUGUUCCUUUCGGCUUCCGCUCAGUCAGGCUGUCUGCUUUGAGACCUUUGUACCUUGAUGGUCCCAGAUGACUAUGAGUCAUCUGAUCAUGGCUUGCCUCUUCCUUCCUUGACUGCCUCCAGUGUGGUUGGGUGGGACGUUAGUCAAGGCUAGGAUGAUU